AUGUUAUACAAAUAUUUGCCUCAAAGUUUUAUUUUACUGGUUUUUCAUUUCAUUUCCAGUAAUACUGCAUCAAAAUGCAUAUUCUCUAGAACUAUAUAUUUUGGUGGUUUUCAACAGCAAUUACAAGCCGAAGCUUGGGGUCGUGAUAGUCUUAGAAUUCGUCUAAGUCCAAAUGUGAUCAUACAAACGCCGGACUACCAAGCAUUACUUCCAGAGAAGCCAGCUAUCGAUGAAUUGGAUUGUCAACAAUCAAAUGGAAAUACAUUCAUCAACGGUAAUCUUCAAUUCAGCAUAAGUGAUGAUAAUACAACAUGGUUAAUUGAACGUCAGUCGGAUGGUCUUCAUCUUAUUCAAACGCAAUCGAUUACGUUUUCACCAUAUAACUAUCCGCUUUCGGUUUAUUCGCCCGUUUAUACGCUUUACAAUUUGUCAUUGAGAUACAUUCAUGUUCAAUAUGGAUAUCUUUAUGGUUUAGGCGAACAUCACUAUGGUCACAAUUUAACAUUACCAUACCGCGACUUUCAUUUACCGUUCGUGUUUUCUUCAACGGCUCCGACAAACGGCGACAUAACCAUUCCGUGGUACGUGCACACGUCUGGUUUUGGCUUCCUUUGGAAUCAACCAGGCUACGGUUCAUUUGAUGUGCGAGAUGACACAGAAAUCACGUGGACAGCGAAUGCCACACAUCAACUUGAUAUCUGGAUAACGACUAUACCUAAAGAAGAAAGUUUAUCUUCAUUAAUUUAUCCUCUACUAAUGAAAAACUAUGUUGAUGUUGUUGGUCAUCCAAAUCCGUUGCCACGUUUUGCUUCAGGCUUCUGGCAAUCGAAGAACCGUUAUCGUACGCAACAAGAACUAUUAGAAGUUGCAAAAGGUUAUCAUGAUCGUCAAAUUCCUGUGAGUGUGAUUGUUAUUGAUUAUUUUCAUUGGACGUCGUUUGGCGAUUGGCAAUUUAACAAAACAUGUUGGCCAGACAUAGUGCAAAUGAUGGAUCAGUUGAAAGCUUAUAACAUGAAUUUAAUGGUCUCGGUCUGGCCUCAUGUCGCCAACAAUUCGGAAAACUUCAUGUUCAUGAAUACUACAGGUUUACUAACGCACGAUGCCAAUGGAAGGACUAUGCCUACGAAUGAAAAUCUCUAUAUUUCGGAUGAGUUUAAUCCAGCCACUCGACAAUUUAUUUGGGAUAGAGUUAAGACCAAUUAUUUUGAUUAUGGUAUCAAGAUUUAUUGGUUAGAUGCCGAUGAACCCGAACAAAGUCGACCGGAUCUACAAUGGUGGUACGGUCGGCACGACGAUGAGAUUGCUUUGGCUUGGGCGAGAGAGCAUCAACGAACGUUCUGGGAAGGAUUACAACACGAACUACCGAAAGAAGAAAUAAUCAUGCUAAGUCGACAGGCAUGGAUAGGAAGCCAUCGAAUGAAUGUGGCUGUUUGGAGUGGUGAUAUCGAUUCGUCAUGGGAAGAGUUAUUAAAACAAAUAAAAGUCGCGCAAAAUGUAGCUUUAUCGGGAAUUUAUUGGUGGACAACCGACAUUGGUGGUUAUCGUCAUGCCGGCUUAUCGGACGAUGAAUUUCAAGAAUUAUUAUUACGUUGGUUUCAAUUUGGGGCAUUCUGUCCAUUAUUUCGUCUACACGGUGAACGCUAUCCACCUCUCCCUAACGACGAAUGCGGCUUCUCUGGCGGCCACAAUGAAGUGUGGUUAUUCAAGUAUAGUUCACAAAUUAUCAGUAUCAUUGAGUUGCGAGAAUCGUUGCGCGAUUAUGUUGAAUAUCAUUUGAAUAUUUCAGCGGAGAAUGGUACCCCACUUCUCCGACCAAUGUUUUAUGAUUUCAAUAACGAUGACCAGUCAUACAAUGCUGAAGAUCAGUAUAUGUUUGGAACGGAUUAUCUAGUUGCUCCCGUUUACGCAUAUCAGGUUACGUCACGUUCGGUGUAUCUACCGAAAAUCAGCCAACGAAAUUCAGUUUGGCAACAUUAUUAUACAAAAGAAAAAUAUCAAGGUGGUCAACGUUAUACCAUUGCAACUACUUUGUAUGAUUUUCCACUUUUCGUAAAAGUGUCAUCAAAUUAUGCAACUAUUGAUUAA